AUGGGUUGGUUUUGGGCUGAUUCAAGAACUCUGGUCCUGGCAGUUCCAACUUCUUCAGGUGGAAAAUGUCCUGUUGAUCACAAGAAAAUGGCAUCAGCAUCUGGUUCGUCUGGCUGUCCCAUAGACCACACAAAAUUUUCACAAAAGCAAGGGCGCGCAUCGGAUGAGGUGCUCAACCCCUUGAACAACAUGCCGGAUGACCUCUCUUCGGAAAUGGCACCAGGCCAGAAGAUCACUCUCUCCAAGACAAGAACCAUGUCAACUAUUCCUAAGGGAGAGUCCGAAGGUGAAGGGGUAUGGGAAUACCCAUCUCCCCAGCAAAUGCUUAAUGCUAUGCUUAGAAAGGGAAAGGCUCAGGAUAUUCCGGAGGAUGCUGUGGAACUGAUGGUUGACGUUCACAAUUUCCUUAAUGAAGGCGCCUGGCAACAGAUCUUAGAGUGGGAAUACAAAUACACCAUGGAAUCCAAGUCAGAACCAAGAUUACUCAAAUUCAUUGGAAAGCCUCACGAGUUAUCUCCUCGUGCUAAAAUGUAUUUGGCUUUGCUGAAAGUGUUCCCUGAGACCUUCAGUAGUCAACCUCCUUUCGAUAGACAUGAUUGGACUGUGUUGAGAAAUAUAGGUGAAGGUACUAAUAGAACUGAAUGGAAGCAAGUGAGAUAUAUAAUUGAUUACUAUGAAGCCCCUGAUGACGAGGAUACGGGUAUGCCUGCUUUCGUGUUGGAUACCAGGCCCGCAUUGGACUCGAUAGAAAACAUUUCUGAUAGGUUCACUCAUUGGUCUGUUCCAUUAUGGAAAAAGGCUAUGGGUGAGCUGGAGGAAUAG